UUGGAAUCAUCUUCUCUUUGUCCACUCACUUUCCUCACUAAAUCCCAUCCCCGCCCCCCGUCCCUCCAAUAUAUAUAUAUAUAUAUAUAUUAUAAAACUCCCAAAACUCUCCACUUCCAUUUCACACUUAACAAACAACCUCCCUCAAUUGUCUCCCUAUCUCUCUCUCUAAAUCUCCAAUUUCCCACUUUAUUCCUCCCUAAAAUCUAACAAAUUUUUCCACUUUAUGUUAUAUAUAACAAACAAGUAUGAAUAUAUGGAGUACUAGUAACACCACCACCACUACUACUACAAAUAUAUGUGAUGCUAAUAUGAUGGAAGCUUUUUUAUCUUCUGAUGUUCCAUCAAUUUGGCCUGCUGAAUCAACUAAUGUUGCUAUUCAAGCUCCGUAUUUCAAUCAAGAGUCGCUGCAACAACGACUUCAGGCAUUAAUAGAAGGUGGUGCAAGCGAAUCAUGGGCUUAUGCUAUUUUCUGGCAAUCAUCUGAUCUAGAAGCUCCGUCGGUUUUGGGCUGGGGAGAUGGGUAUUACAAGGGGGAGGAGGAUAAGAAUAAGCGUAAUUCUUCAAUGUCGGCUAGUUUUUUCACUGAACAGGAGCACAGGAAGAAGGUGCUGAGGGAACUGAAUUCGCUGAUUGGUGGUGGCGGUGUUGUUGGUGGUGAUGCAGAUAAUACUGUUGACGAGGAGGUUACUGAUACUGAAUGGUUCUUUUUGAUAUCAAUGACACAGUCAUUUGCUAAUGGAAACGGACUUCCGGGCUUGGCUAUGUAUAGUUCAAGCCCGAUAUGGGUUACUGGGGGAGAGAGAUUAGGUGCAUCUCAAUGUGAGCGGGCCAGACAAGCACAAGGAUUCGGGCUUCAGACGAUUGUUUGUGUACCUAUAGCUAAUGGUGUUGUUGAGCUCGGUUCGACUGAGCUGAUUUUUCAAAGUUCGGAUUUGAUGAAUAAGGUUAAGGUUUUGUUCAACUUCAAUAUUGAUAUGGGCUCUGUAACGGGCUCGUGUGCAGUACAGGCUGAGCCCGAUCCUUCAGCCCUGUGGCUGACGGAUCCAACUUCCUCAGCUGCUAAGGAUUCGUUGAAUGUAGUUACUAAUACUGCUAGUAAUGGUAGUAAACAAUUUGUGUCUGAAAAUGCUGCUGUUCACAAUCGGCAGCAUUUCACGAGAGAGUUGGAUUUUUCCGGAUAUGGAUUUGAUGGUAGGAAUAAGAAUGGAAAUGGUUCGAUUUCGUGUAAGCCUGAGUCGGGGGAGAUAUUGAAUUUUGGUGAUGGUAUUAAGAGAAGUGCCAGUGGUGGAAAUGUGAGCUUGUUUUCGGGCCAAUCGCAGUUCGGGCUCAGUGAGGAUAACAAGAACAAGAAAAGUUCACUUGUAUCUAGGGGACGCAAUGAAGAAGGAAUGCUUUCGUUUGUUUCGAGUGUGAUCUUGCCAACUUUAACCACGGGGAAGUCCGGUGGUGGUGGGGAUUCGGAUCACUCAGAUCUCGAGGCCUCAGUGGUGAAGGAGGCUAUUGUAGAAGUGGAAAAGAGGCCGAGAAAGCGAGGGAGGAGACCGGCUAAUGGAAGGGAGGAGCCGUUGAAUCACGUGGAGGCGGAGAGACAGAGGAGGGAGAAAUUGAAUCAAAGAUUCUACGCGCUCAGAGCUGUCGUCCCAAAUGUGUCGAAAAUGGACAAGGCAUCACUACUUGGAGAUGCAAUUGCAUACAUCAAUGAGCUAAAAUCAGUGGUUCAAAAUUCGGAUUUAAACAUAGAGGACUUGAGAAACCAAAUCGAAUAUUUAAGAAAAGAACUAGCCAACAAGGGAUCAUCAAACUAUCCCGGUCCUUCGCCACCACAAAAUCAAGAUCUCAAGAUUUUAGACCUAGACAUAGACGUUAAGGUGAGCGGAUGGGAUGCUAUGAUUCGUAUACAAUGUAGUAAAAAGAACCAUCCGGCCGCGAGGCUAAUGGGAGCUCUCAAAGACUUGGACCUAGACGUGCAACACGCUAGUGUUUCUGUCGUGAAUGAUUUGAUGAUCCAACAAGCCACUGUGAAAAUGAGUAGCCGUGUUUACGCGCAAGAGCAGCUUAGGCUAGCAUUGACAUCGAAAAUUGCUGAAUAGUGAUGAAAUAAUUUCGGUAGUGAGCUAAGUAUAAUGUAUCUUGAACUGUUUCAUCUUGUAUAUCUAGUUUGUUAUCCACAUUUUGUGUACAUAAAUGUGAAACCAACACUAGAGAUCUCAUAUUCAGGCUCUUAGUUAAUGUAAAAUUAGAUAUAUUAUGUUCCAUCCUUUUGUAUUCUUUAUCCAGGAAAUAAAUGAGAAAACAAUUGGUGGCUGGUGAA